AUGAGCGCACAACGCCCACCAUACGGUCGCUGGAUCGCCUUGGGAUUAGGAGCUGUGCUAUUGUUUCUGACGGCACUUCUACUAGUCAAAUCAGAAUGGAAUCAUGAAACCUCCAACUAUGGUGGCGUUCCUCCCUCCUUCCCUCCUCCUAUUAUUCACCUGCUGAAACUAGGCCGAACGCAUGAACUCUCUUUCUCCGUUCCCUUUGGAGAGGAGAGUGUCGCCAUGCGUGUGGCUACGGGUUCACGCUAUGGUCUGGAGCCAGAUGCAAAUGAAGAGUGGGACAGGAUACUGCCUAAGCAUGGCCAUCUGGUGCACAUAGCCUCGACUCCCACAGCGACGCCAGAACCAUACACCGUGACGCUUCUCCAUCAGCUGAAGUGUCUACAGAUUGUCAGGGAACAAUAUUUGUCUCCGCCAACCAAUCCAAUCACCUCUCGCACACGUCAUUGCAUGAAUUACCUCCGCCAAACAUUAUAUUGCCGCCUGAACAUGGGACUUGAAUCGGUGGAGGAUGCAGAAGGGAGGGCAGCGCGCGAUUACGAUGCUGUUUGUAGGGAUUGGACGAAGUUGUACGACGAAGCCGACCGAAAUCAAGUAGCAUUCUCGUCAUGGAAGGAACGUCAAUAA